UGGGGACUUGGAUCGGCUCGGGCGGCGAGGUUGGCGAGGUCGAGACCCUUUCGGCGCCUUCCCUAACCCGCCCCGCCUUGGCUGCUGCAGAGCAGAGACGCCGUGCGGGGCGGGGCGGGGGCAUGGUGGCGCGGCGGAGGGGCGCGAGGGCUAGCGCGCGGGGGCCAGAGCAGCGCCCGGCCCAGGGCGCCCGGGGGCCGGAUGGCGGAGCCCACGCGCGCGGUGAAGCUGGAGAGGCUUUCGCUCCGCUCGCCCGGCUGCAGCGAGGGCGCGCUGCCAGGCGCGAACGCCCAGAAAGCCCCCAAGAAAGCUUUUUAUUUUCUGAGGAUGAAGCCCCUGAAGGAGCCCGCCCCCACCACCACCACCAACGUGUCCUUUGUGAUCCACUGUCAACUAGGCAAGGAGAUCAAACACAUUUGCAGCCCCUGCAGUCGGGGGGAGGACGCCCGGGACGCUGAGAAAGUGGAGCGGCUGGCGGCAAUGCGCUCUGACUCCCUAGUCCCAGGUACCCACACCCCACCCAUCCGGAGGAGAAGUAAGUUCGCCAACCUGGGAAGGAUUUUCAAGCCUUGGAAAUGGAGGAAGAAGAAAAGCGAAAAGUUCAAACACACCUCUGCAGCCCUUGAAAGGAAAAUAUCCAUGAGGCAAAGCCGAGAGGAGCUGAUAAAGCGAGGGGUCUUGAAGGAGAUCUAUGAUAAAGAUGGGGAGCUCUCCAUAUCCAAUGAAGAUGACUCCCUGGAAAACGGGCAGUCCUUGAGCUCCAGUCAGCUGUCUCUGCCUGCGCUGUCCGAGAUGGAGCCAGUCCCCAUGCCCCGGGAUCCCUGUUCAUAUGAGGUGCUCCAGGCUUCAGACAUCAUGGACGGGACAGUGUCUGAAGAGAGCCCCUCUGCCGGUGAGUCUGGAGCCCUCCUGUCCCAAGAUCCUUCAGCCAAACCAGUCCUGCUACUGCCCCCCAAAAAACCUGCUGCUUUCUCUGGAGACCAUGAGGAGACCCCAGUGAAGCAGCUCUCCCUUCUCAAGCAACCCCCUGCCCUGCCUCCCAAACCCAUUGCCAGGAUUGCCAACCAUUUAACAGAUCCUGGCGCCCCUGUGAAAUUGCCUUGUCUGCCAGUGAAACUGUCGCCUCCGCUACCUCCAAAGAAAGUCAUGAUCUGUAUGCCUGUCGGGGGGCCAGAGCUCUCCCUGGCAUCCUACGCCGCCCAGAAGAGUGGCCAGCAGAGCAUGGCCCAGCACCACCACACGGUCCUGCCGUCCCAGAUCCAGCACCAGCUGCAGUACGGCGGCCACGGCCCGCACCUGCCCUCCUCCACCGGCACCCUGCCCAUGCACCCCUCCAGCUGCAGGAUGAUAGACGAGCUGAACAAGACACUGGCCAUGACUAUGCAGAGGCUGGAGAGCUCUGAGCAGCGAGUCCCCUGUUCCACUUCUUACCACAGCUCUGGUUUGCACUCGAGUGAUGGUGUCACAAAGGCAGGACCUCUGGGCCUUCCGGAAAUAAGACAAGUGCCAACUGUUGUGAUUGAAUGUGAUGACAAUAAAGAAAAUGUGCCUCAUGAGUCAGACUAUGAAGACUCUUCUUGCCUGUACACAAGAGAAGAGGAGGAAGAGGAUGAGGAUGAUGACAGCUCGCUGUAUACCAGCUCCCUGGCCAUGAAGGUGUGCAGGAAGGACUCCUUAGCCAUCAAGCUCAGCAACAGGCCCUCCAAGCGAGAGCUGGAAGAAAAGAACAUUCUCCCCAGGCACACGGAUGAGGAGAGGCUGGAGCUGCGGCAGCAGAUUGGCACCAAGCUCACCAGGCGGCUGAGCCAGAGGCCGACUGCGGAGGAAUUGGAACAGAGGAACAUUUUGAAACCUCGGAAUGAACAAGAGCAACAAGAGGAGAAGAGAGAGAUCAAGAGGAGGCUCACUCGGAAGCUCAGCCAAAGGCCUACGGUGGAAGAACUUCGGGAGAGGAAGAUCCUCAUUCGCUUCAGUGACUACGUGGAGGUGGCGGAUGCUCAGGACUACGACCGGAGGGCGGACAAGCCCUGGACGCGCCUCACUGCUGCCGACAAAGCUGCCAUUCGGAAGGAGCUCAAUGAAUUUAAAAGCACUGAAAUGGAAGUCCAUGAAUUGAGUAGACAUUUAACAAGGUUCCACCGGCCGUAAACAGUCGAGUACCUCUCGAGUGCUAUGCUGUCUUCAAAACAUACAUUUAUAAGAACCAUAAGUGCUGGUAUUUAUUCACGUCCCCAUUACGAUGUAAAUCUUCUGAACUGCCUUUUUUAAGAAGAAGAAGAAAAUAAAAGGAAACACAAUCCGGAUUACAUUUGUGAAGACAAGAUGGCGAGCCCUCCGUGCUCAGAGCUGCUGAUCCCACUUCUGCUCCUGAAAUGUCUCCCGCCCCCCGGCAGGGCCGAGGGCACCAGCAGGGUCCAGCAUGCACAGCCGCCCUUGUGUUCCCCAUCCAGGCCCUCCAGAGAGCCCCCUCCUCACAAGUGUCUGUCACCUGAGUCCAAAGAAAGCUGAGGCAGUGGGUUUGAUCUGGGAAUGACUGGUUGGCCUUCUAGACUUGGCCGCACGCGCUUGGUCCAAAUGUGGCGUCUGGUUUGGGGGCAGCCUAGAAGGUGAUGCUGAGAGGGGACGUUGUUCUCAGUUGUCCCUGUCCUUACUCUCCCUUCAGACCAUCAUCCACACAGUGAACAAAAAAGGAAGAGCCCUGAUCUGGGUGAGCCCAGUUGAUUGUUGGUCUUAGAGUGUGUGGGUUCUAGGAGGGGGAGGCUGGUGCUGAGCGCCCGUCCUGUCCCCCUGGUCCAGGGAGCUUUGGUUUAGAGGAGAAAGUUGUCAUCUUCUCGGUUCCAAUUAACUGACCGACCCAUGUUAAGAAGGCCAGACAUCCCAAGUGGUCUUGCACACACAACCAGCCAUUGCUAAGGUACUUGUAGGGCAUAGCAUCCAUGCUUGUGAGCAGAGGGACCAUAUUGAGGGCAUCAGGCUGGGGUAGGAAACUCUGCUCGGCUACUGUCCUUCAUCUCUGUGUGCCCCGGGCUGUAUGUCUUAGAAGUUAAUGGCUUCUGAAGCUAGGACCAACCAGUGCACGCAAGCCAGGACCCAUUCCUUAAGUUCUGGCUUUCUAGUUACAGAUGGACUGGUGCCCCAGACACUGGGUGGCCUUCUCUUCUCCUUCUGCACUGAAGCAUUUCUAUGGAGAAGUCCCAGAGUUUGGGCAUAUGCUAAACUCAUGCAGCCGCCAACACCAGCCUUGCCUGCCGGUGGUGGACCUCCCUGCUCCUCCGUAUCCAGAGAGAAUCGUUUCUCUCCUUCCUGAUGCUGAUUGGAGAGGUGGGUCUCCAGUGAGCGUGGCUGGGGAUGUACGGCCAACUCUCCCACGCACCUGGUAGCCCAGAAAGGCAGCACCCGGUUGUCAGAGGGAUACCGAGGGUGGAUGUGUAGCGAGGGGAGGGACAGCUCCUAAACCCCAGCAAGUGGCAAAAUGAGCCCCACUGCAGCCUUUUUUGGUUUUCCAGAGCUAGUGGGCCCCCCCCCCGCGCCCCAAAAAAGCUCUGCUCAGCCUUCUGUAGUGGUUUCCUAGUUGCCACGGCUCUUCUGGGAAUGGUGAGCUCUCCACCACGUGUGCCCGGGACUUAGAAAUACGGCAGCUUGGCCCUCAGACACAGGUACCUAGCCCCGCCACGAGCCAGUGGGACGCAGGUGCCUCUGAGCAUGCGUCCCUGUUAGUAAGGCCAUUUCAUUCUACACAGGUGUUAACUGCUCACAGGUUGGCACUGGCCCAGGAGCUGGGCACAUUUUUUGGAGAGCUCAGGGCAGUUCUUGAGGGCAGUGCCCAGCAGCCUUGGAAAGCUGUCGAGGCUUUCUGGUGCAGCUGGAGCGUGCACACCACUGCCCCACACAAGGCAAGGGCCAUUCAGAGACCUUUCCCUUUUUCUUUGAAUGUUGGAUCUGAAUAGUUGUUACUGCCUUGGGGAGAAGUAUUGUUCAGGGAAAAUGGUCUGGGUUUUCACGUGGCUGUAAAUACAGUCUUCCCAAAAGGCUUACUGAUGUUUGAAUGUGCGUACGCAAUGACAAAAGAUUGAAGGCUCUUCGUUUGGCCUCUCAGUGGAGGGCCUGUGUCCCAGGGAGAGGUGCCUGCUGGCUGGCGUGAAAACCAGAUUCCCUCUGACAUGCGGUCACGUCUCAGGCAGCCUGGCCUGACCCGCAGCCCUCCCAUGCCCACGGCUCCUCUGCCGGCCUUGGUUCUUGGGCCCUUUCGAUUCCCUGGGAGCUAACACCCCAACCGAUGUCCCAGCUAGCAGCCCACUACCAGCCCAAGUUGUCUGCCAAAGUGCCCUGUGGCUGCAAUCCACUCAAUGCCUGGAAGAAACGGAAAAAAAAUGUACCCUCGCCUUCCCCCACAGCACCUUUUCCAUUAGUCACUUGCAGGGAGUCAGGGUUACGGCCUCCCAGGCCCCUGAUGGUGCACCCGCAGCCCGGGCGGCGGUCCCCAGCCUAUCUGAAGUGGCUCUGAAGCUGGCUCAGCAGCCCCCGUGGACUGCAGGCGGGCAGGCCCUGGGCUGCGUCUGCAUUUUCUUAAAACCACCAGGUCUUUAGAGAAGUCUAUCCACAUUUGUUUCUUUUUUUGCCACAUUGUUAUGACAACUGAAGCAAUUUGUGUUACUUUCUAAGAUGGCAAUUUGACAUUAAUUAGGAAAAGCGAGGUGGGCUAGGCGGUUUAAAACACAUCCCUUUUCUGGAAAAGCUGCAGUUUUCAAGUCAAGCUUUGUGUGGAUAAAUUCACAGCAGAGCAUUUUGUUGUUUGGAUUAGCAUGAGGGGAAAAACGUGAAAUGUCCCAAGUCAGAUGUUUCCCUCUCAAAAUUAGACAGAGCCCCGACACCCCCGUGGGUGUCCUAGCCACGUUGGGGACCUACCGAAGGGACUGCCAUUGGCCUGUUCGCGUUUUCAAAAUUGCUGAUACCUUCCCCUCCAAAGGCCCUCAACAGCCCUGUAAACCUUUUAAAACAUGAGCCUUUACGUCAGAUGAGAGAAACCAAACAGCGUGACAGUUAUUGUGAUGGAAACCUCCGAACUUUAUUUUCCUCCCACUUACGAACGCGUGUUGCGGAUGAAAACCGUGGUGAGUGUUUCCGUGAAUGGACUUUGCAGGAUCUCCCUGCACACAGCCAGGGAGCGAAGGUCACCUUCUGUGACUUUUCCUUCCCACGUGUCUGUUAACCCCCAAACCAGUGGCUUUUCCCAGUUGCUAACGGGGUGUCUGUACAGUCUGUCCUUGGAUAGGAGUGCGCGUGGUUACUCGGUCCCUGCUCUCCUGUGUUGUAAUUACCAGAUGACGGCUGUAUGAAGAAGACAAUGUACAUACAAAUGAAACCGGAUCUCUAUGGCCUCGGUUUUGUACAUACAGAAACUGCAUGGUAUUUAAAUUAUUGGUGGUCUCUGAUGAUGUAUGCAGUUUCUUUAAAAACAACAAAAAAAGUUUAAAAAAAUCA